GUGCGGAGUGAACACCCCCACUCCAUCCCAGCAACACUGAGAAUGUAAAUCGGGGGCUAUAUUUAAAGCGUGCAACCAAGUCUCAGAGGCCCUCACCUCCUUCACCCACCAGCCUGACCAAGGGUGGAUGUCAAGGGAAAUCUCUCCCACCGCUCAUUCUGUGGACGAUGAUGGUAGCAGUAAGCACAAACCCGGAUGAGGAGAGACACAGACAAUGGAGGCACCAACACCAGAGCCUGUGUAUGUUGAUGUGGACAAAGGACUAACAUUAGCAUGUUUCGUCUUCCUUUGCCUUUUCUUGAUCGUGAUGAUUAUUCGCUGUGCAAAAGUCAUCAUGGACCCUUACAGUGCCAUCCCAACUUCCACAUGGGAGGAGCAGCACCUGGAUGACUGAAAGGGACACUGCGGGAAGCUUUCACACACAACCUGGAAGGCCUUUUCAUUCAGAGAAGGUGAAUGUAUAUUAAACCGAGAUACAGAGAGGUGCAAAUACAGCAUACUGGUUAAAUUUUCUUGCAUAGCAGGUUGUAGACAUCAUUGUGUCCCUAUCUGAUGGUACAGCCUAUUUCUGUUAUAACCUUCACAUAUUAA